GCCGCCAAGAUGGCAGCGCCACCUGUAACGGAACGCGGGGCACGCGCUGCCCCGGCCGUGUCCCGCGGCUCCGUCCCUUCCCGGCAGCAGGACGCCAACAUGGCGGCGGCGGCGGGCAGCGCCGCGGGGCAGGCAGUAGAAAAACAGCUGAAGAUCUGUGGAUUUAAGAGGAAUAUGGAUGUCUUAGUGUUAUAUCUGGCUGGACAAGGACUAAGAAGUAUCCCAGGUCUGUCACGGUUUCGUAGGUUAAGGUAUUUGUGGAUUAACAACAACAAGAUCCAAGAUUUAACCUUCUUGAAAAAAAACUAUUGCUUGACUGAGCUCUAUCUCAACAAUAAUGAACUGACAGAUAUAACAGGUGCUCUGAAACACUUAUGUUCAUUACAGAUUCUCUUGCUUCACAACAACCAAUUGGGAAAACUUGGCAGAACAGUGAAGGAAUUGAAAGGAAUUACAAGCUUGCAGACCCUAAACCUCUUCCAUAACCCUCUGGCACAAGACCAGAGCUACCGGCUUUAUGUGAUAUACUUCCUUCCUUCAGUACAGCUCCUUGACAGGAAGUCAGUUACACAAAGAGAAAGGGAGUCAGCGCUUCAUUUUUAUGACCACAAAAAGUCUUCUGUCAUACACUCAAUAGCUUUUGGAAAGAAAGUAAAUAUACCCCUGGGGUACACAGUGGGAUCUAGCAGAUGCAGUCAACUGGCAAGAAGACUGGUGAUGCCCUCAGGUUGUGAAUUUGAAAAUCGCACAAAUAAAGUACCAUUUGAGAACCCUGAAGAUGCCAUCUUAGUACGGGCAGUGACAAGAUCUCUGAUGGAAUUUUCCUGUCUUGACUGGAACAAAGUAGCCACUUGUCAAGAAAGACGGCUUGAAAGCAAAGCAGAAAAACCUCAUGAGAAGCUGACAGUCCAGUUUAGAUGAGUGCUUUCUGCCUUAAGAAAAAAAAUCAUUCCUCCCUUUAGUGUGAAUAUAAGCUUCCUAAGUAAGUUAAUAUCUCUAGAAAACAUAUAUGCUAAAAUGUGCAUCUAAUUAAAUGAACUUCCAGCAAAAAAAGUAGUAGCGUAACCCUCCUUUUAUCAUCAGAUAUUUAAUGUGGAAAGUGAAGAAAUUAAGUAAAUAAGUGAUAAAUAGAGGCAAGGUUACAAUAAAAGCUGUUGGAAUGCAAUUCUUACCAUA